AUGUCCAAGGCUCACCCUCCAGAACUUAAAAAAUACAUGGACAAACGGAUGUUGCUCAAACUAAAUGGCGGUCGCUCUGUAGCUGGCAUUUUGCGAGGUUUUGAUCCCUUCAUGAAUGUCGUACUCGACGAAACCGUGGAGGAGUGCAAAGACAGUACUCGUAAUAAUAUUGGUAUGGUUGUCAUUCGUGGUAACAGCAUUGUUAUGGUAGAGGCUCUGGACCGGGUCUAGAAGUAG